AUGACUUCGCUGGAGGCCAUAAUUGCACAGAACUUUCCAGAUGACGGCACAGAUCCCCCAAGUGCCGCUUUAGGGGCCCUCACGCCGUCCGAAGCGGAGGUUCCUGAGAGGGGGGUGACGCCGCAGGGCGUUCUGGGGGCCUCCACAGUCGUCAAAGAGGUUGCGUUUGUGAAGUUUCCCGUCCCCAAGAGCAAGAAACCGUCUCAUGCUGACGCUCAGAAGGAGACUGCGGCGGCAGCAGAGGUCUCAGGGACGGCGGGAGAGCGUGGAGCGGCAGUAUCAGGACUAGACGGCGUGCCAGUGGUGAAGUAUGGCAGUCUAUUUGAAUUCUCAGACACCGCUGAAGACGACUGGGUGGCCGUUCGAAACCUCCCGAGGCUUGCUGUCAAGAAGGAGGGGGGCGCACAGGGGGCGCCCUCGAGCGCAGAACACAGAGGAGACUCACGUAGCAGGAGACUGGCCUUGCUGCAGUCUCUUCCCAAACCUCAGGGCGUUCCCCCAACGGGCUGCCUGGGCAGUGUGGGCUUUUCCUCGGGGCUCAGCUUGAGUGUACGUACACCAGGAGACGACACAGCAGCAGCGCCGGCGUCAGGGAAUGCUGCGAUACAGAUGGUGCCUCGUGCGCUGCAGCAGAAACAGAAACGUGGAAGGAAGCAAGAGGAUGACGGCGCUGCCGUUUCUGCUCCCAACGAUGGUCUCACAUCUGCCUCAUCUGAGGACCUCAAGAAGGAGGCGGGGGCCACUUCUGCAGAGGCGGCGGCAACAGCUCCGGCGGAAGAACCGUUUCUGACUUCAAUGUUUACCCUGUACGAAUCAGAUGGGGAGGAAGAAGCUGGAGCAGAACCAUCCAGCUGUAGGGAGGUGAAAGACGCCUCCAAAGUGAAGGAUCAGGAGGCAGUUGCAUCUGCUUGGCCCGUCACACCCGCAGCUCAGGCAGCACAUGUACCACCCCCCCCAGCAGCAGAGCCAAGUGCAAAUUGGGUGUCUCGCGGGGAGGAGGAGACGCUGCAAGAGUUGGGGAUCGAUAAGACCUUGCUGCAGGCCUCAGGGAUAUCUUCAGCCGAGCUUCGUGACUUGCGUCGAAUGGGCACGACAACAGUUUCGGGCGAUUCUCUUAAAAAUCCAGACUGGUAUGCAGCGUCAACGUCAGGGCCUCUGGCUAAGAAGGCGAAACUGCGGCUCGCCACAAAGGUGUGGAGCGCUAAAGAUGGCACUGUCACAGAGACGCUUGAACCCAAAUUCAUGCAGAAGAGAAAGCACCAGAUCAACUGGUUGGCUGCGGAAGCGCACGAGAAGGAAUUGGAAAUGCUAGAGUUGACGGCGAGGACGCGGCAGUCCAAAUAUCAAACUGCCAUGAAAUAUGGGUGGUGA